CUUAUGUUGACUUUUUGCUUCAGCUGUAGGUCAACAGUAGAAAUGCAGAGAUGAUUUGUGACCACAACAGAAGAUUUCUUUCACUCACAAUGCAAUUCAUUCACUUCUGCAUUGUCCUGCUGGCCAUGCAGCACAGCGUUGCAGCUUAAAAGGGUUUGCUCAGAUUGAGAUGAAGACAAACAGCCAUGUCGGCUCUGACGACUCUAGUUGUUCUUGCUUUAAUAGCAGGUGUGUCCAGCAGUCAGACUUCAGACUGCUCAUACGUCGGCCUUCUGGAACACUUGAACCUGACAACAACAAAUGAUCUUCUAGCGAUCGUGCGACCUGUGAAAUACUGGAAUAAGACCACCUUUGUUCAGAUGGACAUGUUGUUGUAUGGUAUUUUACAAGUGGAUGAGAAGUCACAAACUGUCAGGAGUCACAUCUGGACCCAAAUGCGUUGGACAAAUGAAUACCUAACUUGGAAUUCAUCCGACUUUUGUGGGAUUAACAUGCUGACCAUUCCUAGAUCCAUGCUGUGGAUCCCAGAUAUGCAUAUCCAAGAGGAUACCUCUGAUACUGGGAGCAUUCAAGAAAGUCCAUUUGUCAGUUUGUCUCCCAGCGGCAUGGUGUUGGCAAACACACGUCAGCUGCUGACCUCCACCUGUCAGCUGAAUCUCACCCUGUUCCCCUUUGAUACGCAACAUUGCAAUAUCACAUUUUCAUCCAUGAACUCACAAGCGAAUACUAUAACACUGGGAACAUUCUACAAUAACACGCUGCUUACUCAAAUCUCAGAGCAGAUCAUGGUCACACAGGGAGAAUGGCAACUCAUAAACAUGGACGUUGUUUCUACUUUUUACAAAGGUGUGGGAAACAAACUUAUAUACAGGGUCACACUCGGCAGGAAGCCGAUGCUUUACGUUAUCAAUUUAAUCGUGCCACUGUUGUAUUUUCUGAUCCUGGAUUUGGCCUCCUUCUUCAUCAAUGAGGCCAGAGGUGAAAAGCUGAGUUUCAAAGUGACUGUCCUCCUGUCCAUCUCCGUCCUACUGCUGAUUCUUAAAGACAUGUUGCCCUCUACUGAAGACAGGCUGCCGAUGAUAGCCAGGUACUGUGCUACGAUCUUCGCCCUGGUGGGGCUGAGCGUUCUGGAGACCAUGCUGGUGAGCUUCCUAAUUGACCUCAAUGGUUGCUGUGGUAACAAGGAUCAAAGCUCCGUUAAUGCCCAAGUGGAUAUUCAGCUGGAAGCCGACAAUCACAAGGAGCCUCGGGGAGCUGAAGAGACCCCAGAGAAAAGUUCCUUUCCUCUGGAUCUGCCCGAUGAGCGCGACCUGCUGAAACUAAUCCUGGAGGAAAUGAAGGCCGCUCGACAGGAAGCUGAAGGACAAGACCAAACCAAGAUAAAGCCUGGACUCUACAGAAGACUGGCCCAAAUCAUAGACUCUGUUUUCUUCACCCUCUACUUUGGAACUGUUGUCGUUUUUUUUACAUACAUGUAUUCAAUGUGGGUUUCACAAUAUGUUAAUAGUAAUUAGAUGAUGUGUGUAUACUAUGCCAGUGCAUGCUCUUAAAUGAGAUUACAAUGGGAUUAUAACUACUGUAACUAUAUAUAUAUAUGUGUAUAUUACUGUUUCUAAUCCCUAAAUGUUAAUUCUACAUUUUCUGUCCUUAUUCUUCUUAAAGUGCAGAAUAGAUCUCACUGAUCUUUUCAGACAUGAGCUUGAUUGUAUAUACAGCAUGUUAUUAAAUGUUUCAAUUAUAUGAUGUGUUGGAUUAAAAUAAAGUUGAUUCUUGUUUA